AGCCAGGCUGCGCUCUCAGUGCGCACACUCCGACUGGGCACCGCAGAUGAACGCGUCUCUUUACCUAGGAGCACCUCAAGUGAAUUUCACACACAAGUCCUCAAAGCCCCCGUAACUUAAUGCGAACUUGUGAUCGGUCCUGUACCAUUGGUUUGUCUCUGGAAUCGAAUCGAUCGGUGAAUUGGUUUGGCCAGCUCACCGCCGCUCCCACAGUCAGUUGUUAACAGGUGUUUGGGCACGCCGCCCGAGGAGAGAACAUGUCCAAUGGGAAAGACGCGACAGAAAACUCCUCACAGAUGACCCUGAAAGAGAGUCUGGACGAGUGUAUGGAGGCUCUGGACCUCUUCCUUAACAACCACUUCAACGAGAGCCUGGAGAGGCUGCGGCCACGAGCGAAUGAGAGUAUGUACCAUGCUCUUAUCUACGCUACAGUGCUGGAAAUGCAGGCCAUGAUGACUUUCCAGCAUGAUGACAUUAGCAACGCAGGAAACACCAUGAAGAGUGCCCAGGAGGUCUGUCAGAGGUUUCGACGGAAAAACCAAAGUUUGAGUCUCAAGUCCGCUGGGGAUUCACUCACUGAAGAGCAGCUCCAUGCUGAAGUGUGUUAUGCUGAGUGCCAACUCCAGAGAGCUGCUCUCACUUUCCUACAGCAGGAUGAUAACAUGGUGAGUUUUAUCAAGGGAGGAAUCAAAGUGCGCAACAGUUACCUGAUUUACAAAGAGCUGCAUUCAUACAUACAGUCUCAUGACUCCGUCAAAGGACCAAGCCACAUUCACUUAGAGGGCGGAAUAUUAUUUGGAAUAGGGGCGUUUAACUUGACUCUCUCCUUAUUUCCUGCACGGAUACUUAAAAUUCUAGAGUUUGCGGGCUUCUCUGGGGACAAGGAAUACGGUCUGUCCCAGCUGCAUGAUGGUGCAACAGUGAUGAAUUUGCGCUCCAUGCUGUGUGGCCUGCUGCUGCUCUGCUACUACACCUUCCUCACUUUCAUACUAGGGACAGGUGAGGGAGACGUGGCUGACGCCGAGCAGCUGCUGAAACCUUUCCGGCUUCGCUACCCACGGGGAGCGAUAUUCCUGUUCUUUGCAGGCAGGACGGAGGAGAUCAAGGGGAACAUUGAUGAGGCGGUGAAACUCUUUGAGGACGGCUGCAAGGCCCAGCAUGCCUGGAAGCAGUUUCACCACAUGUGCUACUGGGAGCUGAUGUGGUGCUUCACCUACAAGCGAGUUUGGAAGAUGGCCUAUUUCUAUGCAGACCUGCUGAGCCAGGAGAGCCGCUGGUCCAAGGCCAUGUAUGUGUACAUGAAGGCUGCUUGCCUCAGCAUGCUGCCUGUGGAUGAGGCCAGGCCUUUUGGGGAGAACGAGAUAGAGCUUUUUAGACAGGUGCCCUCCUUCAAGCAGAAGAUAGCAGGGAAGUCACCCCCAACAGAGAAGUUUGCCAUCCGCAAAGCCAGGCGCUACAAAGCGCAGUGCCCGGCCAGGCUGCCAGUGCCGGUGCUGGAGAUGAUGUACAUGUGGAAUGGUUUCACCAUGAUCCGCAAGCGACCAGAGCUGACUGAGGGCAUGAUGCAGACACUGGUGGAGGCAGAACGCACCCUACUGGAGAGCCCUGAGAAUGAGUAUUCAGUGGAUGACCGCUGUGUGAUCCACCUGCUGAUGGGUCUGUGUCUGAAGAACCAGGGCAAGGCCCAGGCGGCUGAGGACUGCUUCAACAAGGUGUAUGCCAGUGAAAAGAAGAUCAGGUUUGACCACUACUUGGUGCCCAACUCUCUGCUGGAGCUCAGUCUGCUUUACAUAGACCAGGGCAGGAGGGACGAGGCGGUCAGAGUACUGCGGAAAGCCAAAAACAACUACAAAGAUUACUCCAUGGAGUCUCGUACACACUUCAGGGUGCACGCCGCUCUUGCCAAACUCAAGGCCGACCAGGAGGAGAUCACUCAUCUAUAAGUCGACACGUUUCCUCAUGGCGGACGACGCUGCCCACACUGGACUCUCUCUCUCUCCACACCCCAGCGCUCAAAUGGACUGGUUUUACCUUAUACCCAUUUUUACUAAGUGAAUCAUGGGUAUUUUAUUGCCGUGUUUACUAGGUUGCAUACCUUGUCAGUGUCCGAUACAUCGCUCGGCAAAAGUGCAGCACGUUAGAAUUUACAAGAUCCUGAUGCCUGAUUGGUUUCCAAGGGGCUGGUGUCUGAUGGAGCUUUAACUUAAUUGCAAAUCAUUAGCUUACACACAGACUUUCAUAUAUACUUUCACACACACACAAAUAUAUUAAUGUGUGUGUGUGUGUGUGUUAAAGUAAAUAUGAAAGUCUGCGUGUAAACAUACAUAUGUGUGCGUUGUUUUUAUGGACAAUGUUUUAAUUUAAUGUUUACACUGAAAAUUUAGGAACACUAAAUCUUAAUAACUGAUUGAAAGCCACACAAAAUGGCCAUUAUCCCUAUGAAUGUAUAUAAUGCUUUACUUGAAUAGCUUUACAUGAUUAUUACAUCCCUGAGUACUUUUACUAUACUGUGCUGUAGAAAGGUGUUUUGGAAUGAGGAACCUCAUAAGGUGUUAAACAUUCAGGUAUUUCCUGCAGAAAUGCACAAAGUACACAAAACUAUUAAACUUAUUAAAAACAAAAAACACAGUAGUUUCCAGGCUUGAGUAAAUUCCACCUGUGGCCCCAGUCUGCAGUCAGUGUUCUUAUAGUGCUAAUGAGAAGCAGCAACUGUUUACUGUGGCUCUAAACUCACUUUCUGGAGAAGUGUUUGCAUUGAUCCAUAUUCAGUUGUUUGUCUAAGCAUAUCUGAAUCGGUGCAUGCACUUUCCAAAGUAGUUUUUACUGACUGUACAAAAAUUACGUUUACAAAAUAAAGUCAGCAUUUCACCAUCUGCCA